GUUCCCGCCGGCCCUGAGCGUCACUGGCACGGCCAGCGGGAAGACCUCCGCUUCAGCCCAGGAGAAACCAGAGGCUGUGCGCCGAGGGUCUGCCCCGUGCCAGGCGCUCUUCCGCGGUCCCCACCUACAAGCUGGGAUCGCCCUUGAUGGACAAGGAAAGAGGUCUGUGCGGUACACCGGGCCUGCCCUCAGGCCUGGGCGCUGGGCGGCCCGGCCGGCUUCUCGGCUGAGUCAGCAGCCACUGAGUCACACGGAGCGGGUGCGGCGGGGACAGCAGGUAUAAGAUGGCAGCGGGGGCCCGGGACCAGCCUCUCCCCAGGACACCAUGCGGCUGCUCCUCGGGCUCUUGCUGGCGUCUGCCUUGAGCCUGGAGCCGGCCCGAGCCUUGAGCUGUCACCAGUGCAAGGGCUUCGGAGGGUGCCUCCAUCCAUCCACCUGCCCCUGGGGCUCCAACUACUGCGUCAGCAUCGCUACCCGAGUCCCCUUCAGCGUCAUUGACAUGCCUCUGGUGACCAAAUCCUGCUACAGUGGCUGCCCAGACAUCUCUACCCUGGGCCUUGGCCCCCACGUGUCCAUCGUCUGCUGCCAGUUCAGCCUCUGCAACACCGACUGACCAACUGACCGCCGCUUCCACCCCCCGCGGCUCCCCCCACCUGUGGAGCUCAGAGCUGCACCCGCACAGCGCAGGAGGGCACCCCAGCACAGAGCAGGAGGGUGGAACACCUACAGGUGGCCCUGGGCGGGUCGGAGGAAGUGGGAGGGGCCCUCGCGGAGGGGGAGGGGAGCAUGGUGGGAACAGAGCUGGCAGGUGGGUGGGUGAGGCUGGAGGCAGCUCUGCCCCCACCCACGCACAGGUGCACGCGCAUGCACCCACCUGGGAUCUUUGAAGCAUGGCUCCAGCCGGCCUCCAGCUGUCAAGUAGACCAAGACCUCCCCAGUGACCCCCAGGCCCACCCCCCAGCCCUUUCCCUUUCCCCAGCCGCUCUCAUGGAAGCCAGUGUGGUGGUGCAGCCCCCCGGGGGCAGUGCGGGGGGGGGGGGAGCAUCCCAGCAGAGAGCGGCCCCACACAGGGGCACAAGGAGGGCCUCCGGGUGGCGGGGCUUGGGGUGCGGGGGAGAGACUCGGACAACCCCAACCGCAGGACAGCUCUGUGUAGGCGCUAACGCGGCGCAGAGGGGCAGCGGAGGAGGCAGGACUCGGGAGGUGGGGAGCUGACCACCCCGAGAAGAAAACCAGGCUGGCUCGAGGCCUUCUCUCCCAUUACAGUUGAAUCAGAGAUUUAAACGUGUAAAAAAAAAAAAAAAAAAAAAAAGGCGGGGGGGAGCACCCGGGUGGUUCAGCAGUUGAGCGCCUGCCUUCAGCCCAGGGCGUGACCCCAGAAUCCUGGGAUCGAGUCCCGUGAUAGGCUCCCUGCAUGGAGCCUGCUUCUUCCUCUGCCUGGGUCUCGGCCUCUCUCUCUGGGUUUCUCAUAAAUAAAUAGAUAAGAUCUUUAAAAAAACAAAAAGACUUAAAAAAAAUUGUUAAAAUGACAGUUUGUCACAGAAAAUCUAGUCACC